AGAGUCUCCGCGAGGGGGAUGCUGCUUCUUCUUCUCGGAAGUUUAGAGCAGUCACCGGGACAGGGUGCGUGAGAGCAAGAGGCAGCGGUCUGAUUUCUCUCUGAAGGAAAUACUCUGGGAGAUCAAAAGGGAGCCAGGGUGAGAGUGGCACAGGUAGCGGGGAGAGAUGUCCAUCGCCACACAGCUGGGACUCCUGUUGUGGAAGAACUUCACCUACAGGAGGAGGCAAACGCUUCAGCUUCUGGUUGAGAUCGUCUGGCCUCUCUUCAUCUUCUUCAUCCUCAUCGCUGUGAGAAUCAACUACCCACCUUAUGAGCAACAUGAAUGUCACUUCCCAAACAAGGCUAUGCCCUCGGCGGGCACGUUGCCAUGGCUACAGGGCAUUGUCUGCAAUGCCAACAACCCCUGCUUCAGGCACCCAACACCGGGAGAAUCACCGGGGGUCGUCGGCAACUUCAAUGAUUCCAUAAUAUCUCGUUUGUUUACCGACGCUAAGAAGAUCCUGCUGUACAGUCAGAACGAUCGCAGUCUGGACGGCUUCAAGCAGCUGUUCCACGCUUUUAAGACCCUGCAGAACAACUCUGAAGCUUUCCGGUUGAAAGACUUCCUACGUGAUGAUGAAAAUCUGUCGACAUUCCUGCUACGAAAUGCAUCACUUCCUGAAGAUGCUGUCAAGGAGAUUGUUGAGGCCGAAGUCAACCUGGAAAAGGUGUUGGUUAAAGGCUUGGGUGUACACCUGAGGGACAUGUGUAACAGCUCGGCGCUGGAGGAGUUUGUGCGCAUCUCAAACCGGAGUGUGUCCCACCACGUGCAGCAGACUCUGUGCUCCAGUCCAAAGACUUGGCUCAACCAGGCCGAGGAUCUCUUCCUCGACAAUCUGGACUUCCUCAAGGCCAUGAGGUCUGAUAUAAGGGCUGACCCUAAAGAUCUCAAAGAAGUUGGCAAGGCAACGGAUAAGCUCCUUGAGAGUCUGGGGGCACUGGCAGUAGAGCUGGCCAGCAUGCGGAGCUGGAGCGAUCUGCGGAAUGAGAUCCUGUUCCUCACCCACAACGCCACGGGCUCGCCGGCGCAGAUGUACCAGGCCAUGUCCCGCAUCGUGUGUGGACACCCGGAGGGGGGCGGCCUCAAGAUCAAAUCUCUCAACUGGUACGAGGACAGCAACUUCCAGGCCCUGUUCGGUAACCACGGCAACAGCAGUGAGGAUGAGCCCCUGAUGACCUAUGACAACACUUCCACCCCCUACUGUAACAGCCUGAUGAGGAACAUGGAGGCGAGCCCCAUCUCGCGGAUGAUGUGGCAGGCGCUCAAGCCUCUGCUCAUGGGCAAGAUCCUCUACACUCCUGACAACCCCGCCACACAGACCAUCAUCAAGGAGGUGAACCGUACCUUUCAGGAGAUGGGCGUUCUGCGGGACCUGGGUGGGAUGUGGGUAGAGAUGAGACCCAAGAUGUGGAACUUCUUGGAGGACAGCAAGGAGGUCAACCUGCUCAGAUCCCUGCUAAAGAACAACGCGUCAGCAUUGUUCUUAAGCCACCAGCUGGCUGGGACUCGGUGGAGUGUUGAGGACAUCUCCAGCUUCCUGUCCAAACAUUCCGAAGACCACCGCCCACAGGGUUUGUCUCUCACCUGGAGGGACAUCUUCAACGAGACUGACCAGGCCAUCGCCAGCAUUUCACGCUUCAUGGAGUGUGUGAAUCUGGAUAAGCUGGAGCCUGUGGCCUCGGAGGAGAAGAUGGUCCAUGAGUCCAUGGUGCUUCUGGAGAACAGGAAGUUCUGGGCGGGGCUUGUGUUUCCCGACAUUCCAGCCAAUAGCACUGAGCUUCCGCCCCACGUCCACUUCAAGAUACGCAUGGACAUCGACAACGUAGAGCGCACCAACAAGAUCAAAGACGCGUACUGGGACCCUGGUCCCCGUGCGGACCCGUUUGAAGACCUGCGCUACGUGUGGGGAGGAUUUUCCUACCUGCAGGACAUCGUAGAACACAGCAUCAUCAGGGCUGUUACCGGGGUCACCGAGAAGACUGGCGUAUACAUCCAGCAGAUGCCUUAUCCCUGCUACGUUGAUGAUAUCUUCCUGCGUGUAAUGAGUCGCUCGAUGCCUCUCUUCAUGACCCUGGCCUGGAUGUACUCCGUGGCCGUCAUCAUCAAGGGCGUGGUCUACGAGAAGGAGGCGCGGCUUAAGGAGACCAUGAGGAUCAUGGGAUUGGACAACGGCAUCCUGUGGUUCAGCUGGUUUAUCAGCAGUCUGAUACCGCUGCUCAUCAGUGCCCUCCUACUGGUGAUACUGCUUAAGACGGGUAAUCUCCUGCCCUACAGUGACCCAGGAGUGGUCUUCCUGUUCCUGGGUUCCUUCGCCGUGGUAACCAUCAUGCAGUGUUUCCUCAUCAGCACCAUAUUCGCCCGCGCCAACCUGGCCGCUGCUUGUGGAGGGAUCAUCUACUUCACACUCUACCUGCCCUACGUGCUGUGUAUCGCCUGGGAGGAGUACGUGGGCUUCUCCACCAAAGUCGUCGUGAGCCUGCUGUCCCCGGUGGCCUUUGGCUUCGGCUGCGAGUACUUCGCCCUAUUUGAGGAGCAGGGUGUGGGGAUCCAGUGGAGCAACCUGCUGUCCAGCCCCCACCACGAGGACGACUACAGCCUGACCACCUCCCUGCUCAUCAUGUACUUCGACGCCGCCCUCUACGGCCUGCUCACCUGGUACAUCGAGGCCGUCUUCCCUGGCCAGUAUGGCAUCCCGCGCCGCUGGUACUUCCCCUUCACCCGCUCGUACUGGUGCGGGGAGGGCCAAGGGGCCAGAGGUGGCGCCACCCCGCAGACUCGGAGUGGAAACGCAGCUGCAGUGUGUAUGGAGGAGGAACCGGUACACCUGCCUCUGGGCGUGUACAUUGAGAACCUGGUAAAGGUGUACCGUCAUGGGAAGAAGCUGGCGGUGGACGGCCUCUCACUGGGCUUCUACGAGGGACAGAUCACCUCCUUCCUGGGCCACAACGGCGCCGGCAAAACCACCACCAUGUCCAUCCUGACAGGCCUGUUCCCGCCCACCUCUGGCACCGCCCACAUCUUGGGCAAAGACAUCCGCACCGAACUGAGCGCCAUCCGUCAGAGCCUUGGAGUGUGUCCCCAACACAACGUCCUCUUCAGCAUGCUGACAGUAGAAGAACACAUCUGGUUCUAUGCGCGACUGAAGGGUCUAUCAGAGGAGUCUGUGAAGACAGAGAUGGAGCAGAUACUGACUGACACCGGCCUACCACACAAACGCACCUCACGCAGUUGCACGCUCUCAGGUGGUAUGCAGAGGAAGCUGUCGGUGGCUCUGGCGUUUGUGGGCGGGUCUCAGGUAGUGAUUCUAGAUGAGCCCACGGCAGGAGUCGACCCCUACGCACGACGCGGCAUCUGGGACCUACUGCUCAAAUACCGUGCCGGUCGCACCAUCAUUCUGUCCACCCACCACAUGGACGAGGCUGACAUCCUGGGCGACCGCAUCGCCAUCAUCUCGCACGGCCGCCUCUGCUGCGUGGGAUCCUCCCUCUUCCUCAAGACGCAUCUGGGCAGUGGCUACUACCUCACGCUGGUCAAGAAGGACCCGGAACCUUCCCUCAGCUCCUGCAGGAACUCAGCCAGCACUGUGUCCUUUAGCAAGAAGGAGGAUGAUGGCUCUGACAGUAGUUCUGAUGCGGGUCUCGGCAGUGAUCAGGAGAGUGAAGCAGCUACAGCCAUCGUGGACUCAGUGGUGCCCCCUGCAGACGUGUCUCUGAUCAGCGGUGUGAUUCUGAAGCACGUUCCUGGCGCUCGGCUGGUGGAGGACCUUGGUCAUGAGAUCACCUUUGUGCUGCCCUACAAGUCGGCCAAAGACGGUGCCUUCGUGGAGCUCUUCCAUGAGAUGGACGAUCGCCUCAGUGACCUCGGAAUCUCAAGCUACGGCGUGUCUGACACUACUCUUGAAGAGAUCUUCCUGAAGGUUGCAGAGGACAGUGGAGUCGACACUGAAAUCAUCUCAGAUGGAACUCUUCCGGUGCGUAGGCGACGUAGACACGCAUUUGGAGGUGACCACCAGAGCUGCCUGAAGCCCCACACUGAAGACGACCAGAAUGAAAAUGACUCAGAGGCUGACCCAGAAUCUCGUGAGACGGACUGGCUCAGUGGUGCGGAUGGAAAAGGCUCCUAUCAGGUGAAGGGGUGGAGCCUACGGAAGCAGCAGUUUGUGGCGUUGCUAUGGAAACGAUUCCUUUUUGCCCGCCGCUCCAGGAAGGGUUUCUUUGCUCAGAUUGUGUUGCCUGCUGUGUUUGUGUGUAUCGCUCUGGUGUUCAGUCUCAUCGUUCCUCCGUUUGGGAAAUACCCCAGCCUCGCGCUGCAGCCAUGGAUGUAUGAGGAACAGUUCACCUUCUUUAGUAAUGACGCCCCUGAAGACGCCAGCACUCAGAGACUCCUGGCUGCUCUAGUGGAUGGACCGGGCUUCGGAACACGCUGCAUGGAGAACCAGCCAAUCCCGGAUGUGCUGUGCACCAUGGGUGAUGAGGAUUGGAUGGUGCCUGAGGUUCCAGAGAGUGUUCUAGAACUGUUCACCUCACAGAACUGGACCAUGGACGAUCCAUCCCCUGCGUGUGAGUGCAGUUGUAAUGGCAACAAGAAGAUGCUCCCAGAAUGCCCCGUGGGGGCGGGUGGGCUGCCGCCACCACAGAUAAAGAUAAGCGCCCUGGACACUCUUCAGAAUGUGACAGGCAGGAACAUCUCAGACUACCUGGUGAAAACAUACGCCCAGAUCAUCGCCCAAAGUUUGAACAACAAGAUCUGGGUGAACGAAUUCAGAUACGGAGGCUUCUCAUUGGGUGCCCGAAGCACUCAGGUCCUGCCCCCUGCAGCAGAGAUUGAUGAUGCGAUUAGCCGCGUGCGGGAGAUCUUCCACCUGGAGAAGGGCUCCAAAACCGCAGCAGACCGCUUCCUGCACAGUCUCUCAGGGUUCAUCAACGGCCUCGACACAAAGAACAAUGUCAAGGUGUGGUUUAAUAAUAAAGGUUGGCACAGCAUGGGUGCGUUCCUGAACGUGAUGAAUAACGGCAUCCUGCGGGCCAAUCUUCCUGCGGGCAAACAUCCCGGCAAGUUUGGCAUCACCGUACACAACCACCCCCUCAACCUGACCAAGGAGCAGGUCUCCCAAGUAGCCCUGGUGACCACCUCCGUGGAUGUGCUGGUGUCCAUCUGUGUGAUCUUCGCCAUGUCCUUUGUACCGGCGAGCUUUGUAGUCUUCCUCAUCCAAGAGCGUGUCAGCAAAGCCAAACACAUGCAGUUCAUCAGCGGCGUGCAGCCCCUACUUUACUGGACCGCCACCUUCAUCUGGGAUAUGUGUAACUACGUGGUGCCGGCGACCCUUGUCGUCAUCAUCUUCAUCUGCUUCCAACAAGAGGCGUACGUCUCCUCCACCAACCUGCCCGUGCUGAUCCUCCUGCUCUUCUUAUACGGGUGGUCCAUCACUCCCCUGAUGUACCCGGCAUCCUUCUUCUUUAAGAUUCCCAGCACGGCCUACGUGGUUCUGACCAGCGUCAACAUCCUCAUUGGCAUCAACGGCAGCAUCUCCACAUUCGUCCUCGAGCUGUUCGGCAACAAUGAGCAAGGUGGGAUCAAUGAUAUCCUGAAAAACGUUUUCCUCAUUUUCCCUCACUUCUGUUUGGGGCGGGGCCUCAUUGACAUGGUGAAGAACCAGGCCAUGUCCGAUGCUCUCGAACGCUUCGGAGAAAACCGGUUCCGCUCGCCACUGCACUGGGACAUGGUGGGCAAGAACCUCUUCGCCAUGGCAGUGGAGGGUGCGGUGUUCUUCAUCAUCACCGUCCUCAUCCAAUACCGUUUCUUCUUCAAGCCCAGCUCUCUGAGUGUGAAGCUGAAGCCUGUAGGGGAGGAGGAUGAGGAUGUGGCGAGGGAACGGCAUCGGAUCGUCAGUGGAGCAGGAAAAGGAGACAUCCUGGAGUUGAGACAACUCACCAAGGUAUAUAAGAAGAAGCAGAAGCCAGCUGUGGAUCGUUUGUGUGUGGGCAUCCCCCCUGGAGAGUGUUUUGGUCUACUAGGAGUAAAUGGGGCUGGGAAGACCAGUACAUUUAAGAUGCUAACAGGAGACUCACCAGUUACCAGUGGAGAGGCCUUCCUAGCAGGAAAGAGUAUCCUACGUGAGAUUGAUGAGGUACAUCAGAACAUGGGUUACUGCCCUCAAUUUGACGCCAUCCAUGAUCUCCUGACGGGCAGAGAACACCUGGAGUUCUACGCCAUCCUCAGAGGGGUGCCUGAGGACGAAGUCUGUGAUGUGGCAGAGUGGGGCAUCCGUAAGCUGGGUCUGAUGAGGUAUGUGGAUAAAGCAGCAGGCAGCUACAGUGGAGGCAACAUGAGGAAGCUCUCUACUGCCAUGGCUCUGAUAGGAGGACCCCCUGUAGUGUUUCUGGAUGAGCCCACAACAGGAAUGGACCCCAAAGCCCGCAGAGCACUGUGGGACUGCAUCCACGGCAUCAUCAAAGAGGGACGAUCAGUAGUGCUCACCUCACACAGCAUGGAGGAGUGUGAGGCUUUGUGUACACGCAUGGCCAUCAUGGUGAACGGCCGGUUCCGUUGCCUGGGCAGCGUCCAGCACCUGAAGAACCGCUUUGGCGACGGCUACACCAUCGUUCUGCGCGUGGGCGGGCCGGAACCAGACCUAGGCCCCGUGCUGGCCUUCAUAAAUGCGGAGUUUCCCGGGUCUCUGCUGAAGGAGAAGCACCGGAACAUGCUGCAGUACCAACUGCCCUCUGCCCUCAGCUCUCUAACCUGGAUCUUCAGCACCCUGGCCAAACACAAGCAGCGCCUCUGCAUAGAGGACUACUCUGUCUCCCAGACUACACUAGACCAGGUGUUUGUAAACUUUGCUAAGGACCAGAGUGAUGACCCGUUGGAACACAGCAAGGACCUAUCAGUGCGUCGCAAAGAGGCCGUGAUGGGCAUGUCCCUCUUAAACCCCGCCCACAGACCCUCCCCCAAAACACCUUCCAAGGAGGUCAACGAUAGCCUUGUGUGACGGCCUCGUCUCCUGGCAACCAGGACUAGACACGCCCUGUGGCUCACGGGGACACCUCCAUCUUCCUCCUUAUGUCUCUCUGUUGCUAUGGCCUCUGAACUGUAAUUCAGAAAAUUCGGAGGUGCAAACUGCAGGAGCCGUUGUGGAGAAUGAUGAACUCAAUGCAAGUCAAUGCAACUGAAAUCUCCUGGGGGGGCAGCUGGGCAUGGCCACCUGACCACCCCCCUAACACACACACACACACAUGUGAAUGAAUGAGUAUGUCAAACUUGAAUAACUGCCUCGAUUUGUGUAUGUGUGUGAGGAUGUGUGUGAGGAUGUGUGUGUGUGAAUGUGUGUGUGUGUGUGUGUGUGUGUGUGUAUCUGGGCCAGUGUCACACUCCCCAGUUGUGUGUGUGGCUGAGCUCACUAAAUGCACACACAUGAAGAAUUAUCUGGGUCUCAGAGACACCAGUGUGUUUGAUUUCUUAGCUUUUAUUUAUGUUGUAAAUACAAACAGAAAUCUAUGAACAAAAAGUUUUACAAUUUUGGAAUUGAAGUCUUAAUAGGGCAUUAUGUGUUGUGCUGACCAAUCAGAGGAAUUGUAGGAGUGGCUUGGUGUAUGAUUGAUGUGAUAGGUCUUUUGUAAUAAAAUGUUUUAGAGGUUCGCUAGGGGUUUCUCCUUUGCUAAGUGAAGCUGCACAAUCAACUGCACCUGAAUACCUCAACUGAUUCUGCAGUAUAGACAGUAUCCAUGUCAACCAAGUCUUGAUUUGUGAAUCCCAAACAACUUAACACUUCUAGAACCCAACCAUUCCAGUAUCCACAACUAACACUUCUAGAACCAAACCAUUUCAGUAUCCACAACUAACACUUCUAGAACCAAACCAUUUCAGUAUCCACAACUAACACUUCUAGAACCAAACCAUUCCAGUAUCCACAACAAACUAAUUUUAGAAUUCAAGAGUCCAAACAUUUCAGUAUCUAUGACAACAAGACACUAAACAGGCUAGAGACCACAGCCUUAGUAUGGUGUCCCCAAAGAGACGGGGAGGAAAUGAACAGGGGGAGGGGGGGGCGGGGUUACCAGCAUCAGUAUGGAGUGAUUGGAAUCAUGUGAGAUUAUUUUGCACUGGGAGGUCUGUGAGUAGUGGGUUUUGAGAGACAGCGCUGUGCCUGCUGUUGGCUGAGUGUGAUAAAGGACUGUAUGCACUAGACUGCCACAGCCAUCGGUGAGAGCUGUUACUAUGUUCAAUACUAACAAUAAAUAAAACUACCACAAA